AAAAUAUAUACAAAACUCCUCUUACAUUUGAUUCACCAAAUCUAUCAACAAUUGAAACUUAUAGAACCUACACUACUAGCAUUCAAACUACUAGAAAUGAAAAAAAUUUUACUAUUAUUCUUGCUUGUUUAGCUGAUGAAACAAAACUACAACCUUUUGGAUUAUCUUGGGUUUUUGAAUGUAUGUUACAUAAAGACUUUCGCAUCAAGAUGGAUGUUUACACAAAAUCUCUUGAGAAUAUUUUUGACUACGAGCAAGAAGCCAGAAUGGAAAUUGCACAAGUGCUUCUUGACAGUUAUAAAAUGGGAACGCGGGGGCUUUCUGGGUUCCCUGUAUAA